CAACAACUGCCUCUCCUUCAAUGGAAACAUCUAUGUCAUCUAUUCAACCAGCAAAAACCUGCAAGCCUGUCUUUUAUCUCCAGCUCAGCAUCUAUCAUGGAUGGAAGACAGACGAUGCUGUUUUUUGUCUUAGGACUGAUAUUCAGUCAUAACUGCCUAUCUGCAUUAGUGUUAGAGGUGACCGCCAAGCCAGGAGAAAACAUCACACUUUACUGUGACUGCAAAGCAUCAACCGGAGUAUUUGUUACGUGGUUCUUUAGGAAUUGUUCCCAUGAAAUCCAGCCUGUUUAUGUUGUUGCUCUAGUGGAUCAGUUAAAACGGGAACCAAAAUUUCCGCGUUUUAAAUUUGUAAAGAACGACUCUUCAGAAUCCCAUGACCUGCUGGUUAUGAAUGCCACUAAUUCAGAUGUGGGCUUCUAUUACUGUGGAACAGAAGAGGUAAAAGUGAAAAUGGACAAUGACAAAAAAAUAUUCCGUAAUGAUAUUUACAAGUAUGGAAAUAUCACCACAAGACUCAUACUCAACACCUGUGGGCCACGUUCUGACUCUAACGAGACAGUGGAGGACUGCAGUGCAUGCUGGAAGCUGUUCUUCUUGAUGUGCCCGGCUGUUUUUCUUUCCGCGGUUCUCUUCUCCUCACUUAUGUUUCACUUGCUUUGCCACAAGACAGGUAAAGAAAAUCAAGAUGACGGAAAUGAACCUGAACAAAAAAGACACAUGGAAGAAUCACAGGAUGAAAAUAUUUGUUAUGCUGCCUUGGAAAUUAAUCAUCCAUCAAAGAGAACAAAGAAGAGGAUGAUCCAGUCUUCAGACUUUAGGACUCAUACCACUGUCAAGUAUGCCUCCAACAAAGAUUCACAUUCUCCUUGUAGAUCCGGUCCGACAUGAACAAUCGAUGCGUACUCAAUUUUUGUAAUCCCAUCCAUGCUAAACUAAAGAAAAAAAGGUUUUAUUUAUUUUUCAUAAACAUGUAAUCUUAAGUAAAUGUUUGAUUUUAAAAUAUGUUUAUUGUGCAUAUUGUUGUUAUUUUAACAUAUGGCCAUGUGGAAAAAUGAGGACACCCUAUUAAAUAUUUAAUUCCUUACAAGA